UCUACCCCGGGCGGCCCCACGGCGAGGCCCAGCCCCGCCCUGACGGCGCACCUCCGCGUCUGCCCAGGGGAGACCAUCCAGGGCCUGAGGAGCAGCCUGCUGGCCGCCAUCGACACCCUGUCCCGGGUGGACUCCUCCGUGGCCGUGUCCUCCGGCGGGGAGCUCUUCCUGCGCUUCAUCAGCCUCACCUCCCUGGAGUACUCGGACUACUCAAAGUGCAAAGAAAUCAUGAUUGAGCGUGGGGAGAUCUUCCUCAGGAAAGUCUCUCUGUCGAGGAACAAAAUCGCCAAGCUGUGUCAUCCCUUCAUCAGAGAUGGUGCUCGAAUACUGACACAUGCCUACUCAAGGGUGGUCCUCCGAGUGUUAGAAGCAGCGGUUGAGUCAAAGAAGCGAUUCAGUGUUUACGUUACUGAGUCGCAGCCAGAUGAAGCAGGGCAAAAAAUGGCAAAAGCCUUGAGGAAGCUGAACAUUCCCGUGACUGUGAUUCUGGAUGCUGCUGUUGGGUACAUCAUGGAGAAGGUGGACCUGGUGCUCGUUGGUGCCGAAGGCGUGGUUGAAAGCGGAGGCAUUAUUAACAAGAUCGGCACGAAUCAAAUCGCCGUGUGUGCCAAGGCUCAGAAUAAGCCGUUCUAUGUGGUAGCAGAAAGUUUCAAGUUCGUAAGACUUUUCCCUCUGAAUCAGCAGGACGUCCCGGAUAAGUUUAAGUACAAAGCAGACACUCUGAAAACAAGUCAGAACCUAACAGAGGAGCAUCCCUGGAUCGACUACACGUCGCCGUCGCUGAUUACACUGCUGUUCACCGACCUGGGUGUGUUAACUCCGUCAGCUGUCAGUGACGAACUUAUCAAACUCUAUUUGUAAGGGAGGACUCGUGUACAGGAUGUGUCGUCGUCUUCCAUGGCUGCCGCAGUUCUGGGAACCCGGAAGAGGCGACGAGCUGCACGGACGUGGUAAGGAGGCGACAUUAGAAGGAUUAACCUAAUUAUCGGCCA